ACGCGUGUGGUUCUCAUUCCUUCAUAUAACGACGCCACGAGACAAAAACAGGAGGAGGACAGAACACGAACCUAUGAUUAAACCCUUUCUCUCGCUACCUCGUCAUUCCUAGUCCUCUCUCUCGCUUUCUAGAUCUUGCUCACUUCCCUGAUAUGCUGAGCAUCGAAAACCAUCGCCAGAGGCCUACCACAAGCAGCAGCACCGGAUCAGUCGACGACGACGAUGAGCAGCAGUUCAGAGACAUCCACGCCCUGACCCCGCCGCCCCCGCCGCCGGCCCCGCCCUCUAGCCGCAGGAGAGACCCGUGGGAGACGGGCAGCCACGGACGGUCGUCCUCUCUGUCCAUGGGCAGCGACGUGGCCUCCAGCGAGAACUUCACCACCAUGAGCAGAGAGUUCAGCGCCCUCGUCAUCGCCGGCUCUGCCAUCAGCACCGAGACCGAGCACGGGACGAGCAACGGCGGGAACGGGAACAACUUGACGAUGAUCGGAGAAGAAGACGACGGCACUCCGGUGGAGGAGACGAACCCACUGGCGAUCGUCCCGGACAACAAUCCCCUGGACGAGGUUAGGCGGAGCGUUAGCCCUCCGAGGCGACCGGGGCCAAGCGUGGCCGGCGGCGGCGGCGGCCCGGGAGACCAGGUGACGGUGCAGAGGGUGAAGAAGGAGGAGGUGGAGGCGAAGAUAAGCGCGUGGCAGAACGCGAAGGUGGCCAAGAUCAACAACAGGUUCAAGCGGGAGGACGCCGUCAUCGGCGGCUGGGAGAGCGAGCAGGUCCACAAGGCCUCUUCUUGGAUGAAGAAGGUCGAGAGGAAGCUGGAGGAGAAGAGGGCGAAGGCCUUGGAGAAGAUGCAGAACGACAUCGCCAAAGCGCGCCGGAAGGCGGAGGAGAGGCGGGCAAGCGCAGAGGCCAAGCGGGGGACCAAGGCCGCCAGGGUCCUGGAGAUCGCCAACCUGAUGAGGGCCGUCGGUCGGGCACCCGCCAAGAGAUCCUUCUUCUGAUGUGUUGUAGUAACAUAUAUACCAAAAGAACAACCAAAAAAAGAAAAAAAAAAAAAAAAAAAAAAAGGACAGAGGGUGUUGAGUGUAAUUAUGUUAAAUUAUGGGCAUGGGAAAAUAAGUGCCCCUUCAACAAUUUUAGGCCUCCUUCGACCUUUUUCUGGAACGGGGCAACAUUGGAAGGCGAGCGUGUUGGAUUUCGGACCGUCUUUUUUCAGUUUAGGAACUGUGAAUUGAAUGGUGUUUGCCGAGGGGCUCUCUCGGGGGCGUUGUGUCGUCAAUUGCUCUUUUCAAUUUGCCUUCUUAGAAAGGGCAUCUUGUGUUAUUGGCGGAUGUUGCCUGACAAGCAUCUUGUAUGUAUUAAAUUGAACCCGGAUCGUUAUGAGAUUUGCCAAAUCUUAUAAUUCGGAGUCAAUUUGGUAUCUGUACCGUCACUCAGUAAAAAUGUUUUAGGUGUGUGCUUGCGAUGAACUGAAGGAACAGCCUUUUUUUGUAUAUAUAUGUGGUCUAGGUGGGUGCAAGAAGUUGAUGCCAAUUUGGCUAAGGUGGUUGACCUGAAGCUGAUGGGUCGGUGCAUCUGCUUUUGGUGAUGUGAUGUUAAUUUGUGCACCAGUCAAAUUUCUCUCUGAUGUAAAGGCUGCUUAUCUACUGUGGAGUCACGAGCUCUGAGGAAAUUUGCAAUUUCACGUUGAUCUCAU